CAGCCCCUUUGACCACAGGGUCAGCAUAGUGGAGGAACCAAAUCGAAGGAAGAGCCCUAGGGUUUUACAGACUUUUCUCGGCAUCCAAACAAAGCUCUAGAGCUUUGAUUUAGCUGAUUCAAUUAUAAUUAUACUGCAAUCAUGCAGAUCAACGCAAAAGCAUAAAAUAGGAGCGUAGUUAUGCAAUGGCGGGAUCAGGGAGUUCAAUGUUGUAUUCCUUUCUUCUAUUUGUUGUGAUUCUUUCGCUUCAAGAGAUGUACAGAGGAAAAUUGGCGUCGUCCGAGUUGUUUACCAUACUCGGAGGCUUCAUCAGCUCUCUCAUAUUUCUUGUUUUGCUAACUUUUAUUGGGAAUAUCCAGGAAACUUGUGGCAUGAGGACAGGGUGGGGUGCUGUUAUAUUAGCGGAAGCAGUUGCUCUCAUUGCUGCCAGCACUGUCCACCGAGUUUGUAUUACAACAUGUUUCCUGUUCUCAGCUGGACUACUGUACGAGCUUAACAAGCUUUCAGGAAUGAUGCUUUCCAAAAGCGAAUCCAAAUCGAGAAGGUAUUGACUGGUAUACAAUGCUUUUACAUAAUAGGAUGAGAAUCCUUUCAGAGUUUGUCAUUUAUACUCUUCAAGUACCAUUUCAUGAUGGUAUAGAUAUUGUCUAUGAGCGGGAAAGUUAGCAAAUUUUUUGAUAUGGAUGUUUACGAUUUAAUAUUAUGGGACAGGAGUUUCUUUCA